AUGCCUUCACCAUCAAUAGCUGAUCAGAAUAGGAAAAUUUUUAUCGGAGGUUUAUCUUACCGUACCACUGACGAUACGUUGAGAGAAUAUGCAUUACAAUUUGGUGACAUAACGGAUUGUUUAGUGAUGAAAGAUCGAGAUAUUAAAAGUCGUGGCUUUGGUUUUAUUACAUACUCAGAUGUUGCAAUGGUAGAUGAUUUUAUGGCAAAACGACCUCAUUUAAUCGAUGGUCGUCAAAUUGAUCCAAAACGAGCAAUGCCAAGAGAAGAAAAAAACAAUUCAGAUGUUCAUUUAACUGUUAAAAAAUUAUUUGUCGCUGGAUUAAGAGAUGGUAUUACGGAAGACAUAUUAAGACAAUAUUUCGAACGUUAUGGAGCAAUAGUAGAAACAAUUGUGAUGAAAGACAAAGACGGUAAACCGCGCGGUUUUGGCUUUGUGACUUUUGAUGAUUAUGAUCCCGUUGAUCGAGCGAUCUUAGAACGUCCUCAUUCAAUUAUGGGCCGUCAACUUGAUGUACGUAAAGCAGUACCAAAACAAAAGACAAAUGAAGAUGGUACUCCUGUUACAGGCAAAGGUUUACUAGGAAACACAAUGGAUGGUAAUUCACGACCGAUUAGUAGCAAUAAUAGUGGUAGUAACAAUAAUCACAACAACAUGAAUAAUAAUAACAGUAAUUAUGGAAUGUCAAACAGCAGACAGGGUGGACCUAAUCCUUCGAAUUAUGGUAUGAAUUCAUUAGGCGGUAUGAAUUCAUUGCAAGGUGGUAGCAGUGGAAUGUACUCGCAAUCGAAUUCUCAAUCAGCGAGUAUGCCAACGAAUUCUUAUAAUACAGGACUAAUGAGUUAUGACAAUUACAAUACAAAUAAUCAACAGCAGCCACCACCUUUGCCAAAUAAUAAUUUAGGUAAUUAUUUGAUGCCAAAUAUUUCCAGUUUACAAGGAUUUAAUCAACCACCAAUGGAUCAAAGAGUGCAGCAAAACAGUUAUAAUACAAAUAUAGGAAAUCCAAAUCCAUUUGAUACAAUGUCGAAUCCAAGUAGUUUAUUUAAUCAAAAUUCGGGAAUGGGGACUGUUAAUCCAAUGAAUAUAGGUCAACCAACAAGUGGUGGAUAUGAUUCAAUGAAUAAUCCAUCUUUCGGGAGUAAUUAUUCACGGACAAAUAAUAAUAAUAAUAAUAACUACAAUAAACCAACGAGAGGUAGUGGUGGUGGACCAAUACGCUCUGCUAUGGGACGAGGAGCAAGUCGAGGAGGUGGUUCAAGUUUUCCCUACGAACGUCCGAACAGUUAUCGUGGAGGACAACGUGGUGGAAGAGGCGGUGGUGGUCGUUAA